GCCGUUUUCUGUGGCCAGGGAAUGUUUGCUCCCACAUGAGACGUCCUCGUUCCCUCACACGUCCUCCCACCGUGUACGUCAAUACCAGCCUUGUACAGUGUUACAGGUUUAUUGUGGUGUUCCCACGGCCGUAGCAAGUGGUAAUGAGUCAGGGUUUAGGUGUGACACUUUCACCAUAUCCAGAGAUCUGAAACGUUCUUUUCAUCGGAAAAUUUAAGCAUUUUACCUGUUAUUUUAAGGAGGUGGCAGGAGAACCAUAUGUCAGAAGGGUUGUCAUUUCUGGAUUAUUUUGGUAAAGACAAUUAGGGAUUAGUGAUAUUUGAUAUUAAAGCACAUGCAGAAGGGAACUUGGUAGGACUUAACAAUGGAUCGAUGGUAUUGGUGCAACUCGAGUCUAACAUCAGGUGAAGUUGUUAGCACAACAGCAAAUGGAAUUAGACUGUACGAUGGUGACAAGAAAACUGGCUAUGAUGAUGGGCGCCUGACUUUAACAAAUCACCGGUUACUUUGGCGGCAUGAAAAUCAAUCUUCUUCUUUAGGGCUAAACCUUAGCCUAGUUGUAUUAGUUGAGGAAGAGGCAGGUGGUUUCACAUCGAGUCCAAAGUUGCUGCUUCAUCUAGCUCAGCCACCACAUACUCAACCAGCAGGUCCUGUAGCUGCUAGUUCAAAUUCUUGUAUAAAAUUAUCAUUUAAACAAGGUGGGUGUAGCAGUUUUCAUCAGGCACUUCAAAAAAAUAUAGGUGAUCGUGAAUGGGAAAAAACAUCUUCUCUUCCACCUAACCAUGGAAAACAGCCUGUAGGAAAAACAAUCCAUAGGGGCAUUCUGGGUAUUGAACGUGCUAUCCAAGCAAAACAAGAUGAAACAAACCAGAACAUAAGUCGUGCCUUUGAAGAUCUGAAGAAUUUAAUGGGACUUGCCAAGGACAUGGUGUCUCUUUCAAGGAGCAUCUCAAAUAGAAUUAAAGAGCGAUCUGGGGAAGUAUCAGCAGACGAUACCACUCAAUUUAGAUCUUAUCUUCUAAGUCUUGGUAUUGAUGACCCAGUUACACGUGAAGCUUUUGGGUCAGCAACACGGUAUCACCACCAUCUUGCCAAGGAAAUUGCCCAAGCUUUGGAAAACCCAGUGAAAGAAGCAGGUGGUGUAAUGCUUCUGUCAGAAGUUUAUUGUCGUAUUAAUCGUGCUAGAGGACUCGAGUUGUUAUCUCCAGAUGAUGUUAUGCAAGCAUGUCAUGUCAUGAACAAAUUGGGCCUCUCGCUUAAUCUUCAUACAUUUGAGUCUGGGGUUCAAGUAGUUCAAAUUACCGGACUUGAUCAAGAAAAGGUCAUAGAAGCAACUGUUGAGGUUUUAAAUUGCCAUGAGGUUGAUGGAGUAUCAGCUGGAGACUUGGCAAGGGAUUGUGGUAUGCCCCUUCUCUUGGCUCGGGAAAGACUUUUACAAGCUGAACAAUGUGCUAAAGCUGUGAGAGAUGAGUCAAAUGAAGGUUUACGAUUUUUCCCAAAUCUGUUCUUUUCACAUUCAUAAGUUUUCACAUGGUAUGAUAGGUUUGAUUUUAAAUGAAAUUAGAGUGACCUCGCAGGGAACUAGUUCCUUUUGGAAACCUUAUUAAUAGCCUGAAGAGGAAUUUAAUUAUUCUAAGAAACUUUAAUCUCUAAGCUUAUAUAAUCUUGGAUCACUUUUUAUGAGCAAUAGCUGCCUUACUUGAUGUAAAUUUAUUUCAUAGAAUAUCAGCGAUGCCUUACAUCUUGUUAGAAUAUCAAUUGUUUACUAAGAAAAUUAUGUUGAUUCACUAAGUUUGUAUGUCAAAAAAACUUAAAAAUACAGUAAUGCAAGUGUUUAACAGAACCAAAAAUAUACACAUGCGUUGUGUAUACAUAUCUGCAUGCAUACAUAUGUAAGUGUGCAUAAGGGUCCACGUAGGAUACGAAAACGUUCAAAAUUUUUGCUUAAUUUUUCCUAUGUGGAUAUUUAUACAUAACCGAAUCACAUGUUUUUUGUGAUUAUUCUUGCAUAUGUAAGUGUAUGUAUGCAUGCAUUCAAGUGUACAUUCAAGCUUGUGUUAAAUACAAAAAUAUUGUUAAUUACAAUAUGAGAAAUAGUAUAUGUUCUCUUGUACUGUAAUGGAAACAUUCAAAUACAGUAAUGUAUAAACUUUCUAAAUAUGUAUAGCUCUCUAGUAUAUAGGAAAAUUUUCCUGCUUUGUGAUGAAAGUUACAGUUUGUGUUUAAUAUUGUGAAAGGAAGAUAAAUGAUUCUUAGAUUGUGCUUUGGUAAAAAUGUAUGCAGUGAAAUUAACUUACAUUGGUUCUGAAAAUACAGUGUAUAAAAUUUGAAAUUGUGUGCAGGACACUACAAAAUUAAAGUUUACAAUAGUCUCUCUUGAUUCUGAAUAUGCGGUACUUUAGACGUUCACAUUUAAUAAGGUUUCUGUAUUGUAAAACCGUAAAUUUUGGUGUCUGAAAACUGCUAUGAUACUUGAUAAAUUUACCCAGCAGAGCAUGCAAGUUCUACUUAGAAGUUGAUUAGCAUUAAUUUUAUCUACAGAGGUAUUGUACAGAAUAGUAUCUAAAUAAUUUUAUGAAGACAGAUAUUUUUUCACUUUAAAUGUACUCAACCUCUGUCACAUCUUGAUCCUGCCUUUACAUGUUAAAUAAGGUUUAAGAUUUUUCAUACAAUAUGUACUGUAUAACCAAAACCACUUCAUUGUUUUCACUUGGUUGAGUUCAGCUUAAGAUUUAAAGAUUAUAUAUGCAAGUUGGCUUAGCUAUACAUAAGUGAAAAUAUUGUCAUUUAUUUUAAGAUUGCAAAAGCUGUAUGUGUUUGAAUACAUUUUCUCAUUCACGAGGACAGGAAGCCUGUAGGGUUAUUGAGGUCCCCCUUAGCCAACAAGUGACCUUUUCCAGGAUUCAACUCCCAACAGUCACUUAACUUUCAAGUACCUGUACCUAUUUACUACUAGGUGAACAGAGGCAUUAAGUGUAAGGAAACGUGCCCAAAUGUCUCGGCUUGCUAUGAAAUCUGUUGAGCCAACUGUGCUGCAGGUCACCUGAUAGGCAAAUUAAUUUCAUCGUGUGUUACUUUUUUGCUAUUAGAUGUUUAAUAUUUGAUAAGUCAGUGAGGAUCAUUAUUACUACAGCAUGACAAUGCUGUAGUAAUGCUAUCUUUUUUCAUAAUACAAAAAAAUUAAUCCCAGAAAAUUCUAUCUUUAUCCAUAAUGAGCAGUUAUCAAAAAUGUUCGCCUGUCCAAGGUUGGAGGUCAGGCGCUUAGGACUAGCCUCGCCUAGCUUACAGCAUGACACAAGGAUACAGGAGUGUCAUAGGCCACUCGGGGUCAGCCCCAAUGCCACAUUUAAAGAAAUCUCGUCAUCUAUAGCAGGCCUUAAAAUCUCAUCGCUCUAGAGAGAGAGAGAGAGAGAGAGUGGUGGUAUGUUGGGAGGGAAAGAAGAAAAGAAGGGUAUAGAAAGGUGGAGAGGUUGGAAGUUGAGACAGAGGAGGAGGAGAGGGGUAGAUGUUGGGUGAGAGAGAGUGGAGAGGAUAGGGGAAGAGUGGAGAAAGGAGAGAAGGGGUUGGGGGGGGGAGGUGAGAAAGGGAAGGAGUUUGUAAACGGGUUUUGGUGACUGGAAUAAAGACCAAUUUAGUAAAUGUUUUAAUGGACAACCUUGCUUCUUGCAAUGUUACCAGUCGGUAUAGAAUGACGACCUUGCUUCUUGAAGGGUUGAAUGGUUAGUGUAGAAACUGAUACACAACCACAGAGAGAUAUAUAUACUGGUAUACACACAUACAUACUGGGCACCUUGGGAUAUCCCAUUUAGUAUGUUAUAAAUAUAGGUACUGUAUUAAAAUAUGUAGAUAAGGUGGGAGGGGGGAUACCAAUCAGUAUUGUAUCCCCAUAUUUAACUAAAAAUAAUUCUUUAGGAAAUAAAAUAGCCAACUUUGGAUUAACCUUAUUAUUAUUAAUGAUAAUCUUUUUAUCAAUUUUUUUCAUGUAUUUUACAGUUUUUGAGGUGAACGUGUAGAACCACAUUUAGAUUCUUAAGAUGUAGGUAAUGAAUGAUUAUAAGAAGAAAUAAUCCCUUUGUUUCUGGUAAAGAAAUGGGAUCAAUCAUAAUUUCACUACAGUACAGUAUUUGCAUGUCCUAGGAUGGUUGAAUAAUAAUUGUGCAAUAUAAUUCAAAACGAUAACUGCUAAACACUAUUUUGGAUAAUGUGUGUUAAACAUGCUCAUUUGUUAAAUAAAAUAAACUAUAUUGUCAAA